CUCCCUCUUCUCAAAGCCUGGAUCUUAGUUAAUGGAAAUUCAGGAGUUCAGUGAUGCUGGAAUUAGGGCCCAUGUAGUGACUGUUGCUAUUUACGCUUUGGCAGCUUCUCAAGUCAAAUUCAAGGACUGACAAGGUUACCUCACCUCUCACUGUUUUUGUACCUGGUCCAUUUCUGUAACACGUUGGUUAGAGGUGCAGUGGGAAGGACCUGCUGGGCCCAUCACUGCUGGGAUUGAGGGCGAUUUGGUGAUGCUGUUACUUCUAAGCACCCUUGAAUGAAACUUCUAAAAGAGCUGCGGAGACAAUGAGUGUCUGUGAGAUGCCUGUGUUUCAAGUGUCACACUUAAGCCAUUGUGGCUGUCUGGAUCCUUUGGGAAAAAGCAGAGAAAAUGGAUCUAUUUAUGUCUCUGUUUACACUGGGGGAAGAGGGACUGUAGGGUAAGUUUGUGCCUACUUAGUGAAAGUGCUCUCACGUGUUGCUUCCCCACUGCUCAGUGUUACAGCUGGUUGGCCAGGAGAUGGUGAAUCUGGACUUGUUGGCAGAUUAGCUUUCCAAGUGCAUUUUAUGGUCUCUGCAUAAAGUUUCCAGAUCUGCGUCUAGGUGAUACAUUGCAUAUGUCCCAACCUUACUCCCUUUGGAGUUUACAUCAUUUGUUUUUAAACUUCCAGUAUAUUUUCUCUUCCUUUUCCAAGAGCUGUAAGGAAUUAACUGCUAAGCAGAAACAGGAGGGUAAUUCUCUUGCUGAUAAAGAGCUGAUUUUGGCCACAGCUGCUGCUGAGUGCAGAGCUUCAAUCUGUAGUGCAGCUUCUCGAGUAGCUGCUGUUGUCAGCUGCCAGAGGAGCAGUGCUAACACCUUCCACAUUGCAGCACAGGCAGGGAGCCGGGUACCAACAACUCAGAGGUGAGGCCAAAGUGGCAAAAUUCAGAUGGCCAAAAAGAGACUUGGACACCUUGGUCAUGUGGCUGCAGCUGAGCCCUGGCCAUAUUCCAUAUCUGGGGCUCUGGCUUCACAGAACUUCACUCAUAGAGCAGGCAGCUCCUAGCUGAGCCUGGUGCAGAAUUGAGGGGAAUGUGUCUGUUUUCUCAGCUCAAUCAAGAGAUUGUGACUCAUCCAAUCACAUUUGUUGUUGCAGUGUGUCUGUCAUGGUCUCUCUUGCCUCUAGCUUUGUUUUGGCACUUGUGCACCCUGUUUUGGGUAACACCCCACUUCCCAUCCUGGCCAGCCCAGCGGGGUGCUCAGUAAAUGUGUGCAUCCUUAUUCUUAACAUUUCCAUGCCUCAGAGCUCUUUGCCUGUGAGCUGGGAGAGAGGGACUUCUAUUCACCUGACAUCCCACAGGUUGCAAAGCUUCUCCGAAGUCACACCAGUGAGGCACUGAGAACCCAGUGGGCAGAAGUGUGGAAGGGUCAUUUCUCUGCUCCUUGAGCUGGAGAGAUGGGAUGCUGGACCUCGGGAUGGUUGUGCUUUAAAGCUGGUUUCCAAAAGCAGGGUCAUUGACCAUUGCUCUGAGUCCUGAUCUCAAGGUUACUGAAAGGAGGAGCAAGGAGUGUUGUUUCCUUCAGUACCAGGAAAUCAGCAUCACUUCUAGGGGCCAAGCUGACAGUUUCUAUUGAUUGUUUUCUGUCUAUCUCUGCUGAUCCCAGCAUCCAGCUGCCUUUGCAGUACCCUGGAGAACUUUCUAUGCUCAGGUUUCCUGGGCCUUUGGCUUCUCCUGCUGUAAGGAUCUGGCAGGGAAGCUGGUUUUACUGCAAGGAGCUGGGCUGGCUCAAAGCACCUCCCUUCUCUCCCUGGUUUGGUAGCAGCAAGCCCAGCUCACAGCGUGGGAACUCCCCGAGUGAGAAGAGGUGUCCUCUCUGCAAAUUCUGUUCGUAGAGCCAUGUGUUUUCCCCUUAAGGAAACUAAUUCUCAUAAAGCAUAGGUUUCAUGUCCUGCUGAGUUAAAUAAGGGAGAUGCUGGUCUUCCCCUUUGCUUUGGAGAUUCAAACCAAUGGCAGGUGAUUUAUUUUUUGUGCUGUCGCUUUGUCUGGACGGAGGGGGAGGCAAUAUAAAGGCUCAGGGGUGCAGGGAAGUAAAGCUAUAUAUGCAUAAAGACUGUUUCAAUGCUGAACACUAUAAAUUCAAUGGUGGAUUAAAAGAAAAAGAAUGUAAAUAUGCAAUUAAUGCAGAAUUUUAUGGAUGGUCAUAAUUUAAUAUAUUGAGAACUCUGUAAAUACUUGGGAAAAAAAGUCUGUAAAGCGUGUAAAUAAAUGAGAUUUGUAUGUAAAGAAGAAUAAAAAGAAAAGUUUUUACUUUUUGCAAUGAAAUGCAAGUGUUACUGCACCUCUCCCCCUUUCCUGAUUCUUAUUUUUCAUGUUGUGUCUCAGCCAUGGAGCAGUCAUUUAACCCUUUUAGGACACUUUGUGGAAAUUUUGAGUGAAAAGUUGGAAUACUUUGGAAAAUGUUUUGCCAAUUUUAAGCUGGUUCCCAAAGCAAAGGUGCUGCAAUGGCACUGUCUGUCUCUCCUUUCUUCCUACUAACAGCGUCUGUCCUUCCUUCACAAUUCAGCUUAUUUCAGCCAAACACUGACAGAGGGACAGAAGUUGAUUAUCUCCAGAGCUGAAUAAGGCAGGCAAGGAGAGGAGAGAAAGCUCCCACUGCUACCAGGAUAACGUGCAAGCCUUGGUAGGCACCCAAGAAGCCACAUUGAAGACCUUCAAGAUGUGAGUCAGUAGAAAAUGAGGCUUUGCUGCUUCUGCAGUGUAGACUUGGGCCUUUUUGGAGCCCACCAGUGUUGAGCUGAAUCCUUUACACCCCCAUCAGGUAUGGAACUCCUGUCUCAUGCUGAGGCUGCUGGCUCCCAGGGGUGCAGCAGACUGGAGUGAGCAGCAGGAAAGCUGCAUUCCUCACACACUUACUAAUGCCGGCUGGACAUGAGUUUGUCAGCUCCAGGGUGGGGCUUGGACCUCGUGCUGUUAAUCUCCACGCUUCAGACACUGGCUCCACAAAGAGCCAUUAGGGUAGGUUGGGAAGUUGGGAAAUUGUGCUGCACCCCCCCCUUCACCAGCAGCCAUGCCUGACCUUGCCAGAUGCACUGGCUGUUACUCACAUCUCUCCACGAGCCACGUGCCCUGGUUGUGACUCUUCCAGACCUGUUUUCCCCGAAAGCACUGUGUGUCCCAAUUUUUUUAAUCCUUAUUGCUUCAGUAAGGUCUGGUGAGGAUGCUGUAGUGCCAGGGGCUACUUAAGGCUUAGCCCUUCAUUUCUGCAUCACUUUGGAAAUACCAGUUGGUUUGCUGAAGUCUUCUCAUCACACUGCCUUGUUCUUCAUCUGCCAAGCUGUGGUGAGCUGGUAGGACUUGGGUCCUGAUAUUGUUCCUUUCCAGUUGUUUCUCCAGGUCUCCAGAGAUGCAGUAGAGCUAUUGGAGUGUCUUGUGAAGGAGGUGGGUUUGCCUUGACCCAGACUCCAGGCCUGAUGUUGACCUUAGCAAUAAAUGUGAAUUGUGGUGAGAAGUUAGCUCCAGAUCCUGCUUGCAGAAGUUAUUGGGCUACUGAAAGCAUUUUAGACUCUGGACCUAAUAAAGGAGUAGUUAAUAUGUGGAGGUAAGAUCUGGUGGGGAUGUAGGAAAGCAAUGGAAGCAAGAGGGGUGAUGAGAGUGGUCUGAAGCAGAAGGACAACAGUAAAGCAGGGCCUGGAGAACUGGGAGGGGAGAGGGGAAGGCAGCACUGACUGUGUGUGAUGAACUUAGCUCUGCUAGCCAGAGCUGCCCCCCCCAGCUGAUCCUUCUGAACAGUGUGUGGCCCCCAGAGGCAGCUCCUGGAGCAGAGCUGGAAGGAGGAGGUGAGGGGGUCUCUGUAGGACUGUCUCCAGCACAAGUGGUGCAGUGUGUGACUGGGGAUGCUGAUCCUGAGCCCUCCAGGUGUCUGGCUGUGGCUGCAGCACAGUCUGUCCCUGCAGAGCUCAUGGUCUGCUAUUCCAGACAGACUUAAAGGCAGCUCUUGACUGCUAACUGCCCUUUUGGGGGCAAUUCCGGCUCUGGAUCUUGUUCUUUCUCCUUAUCCUUCUGAUGACACAGGGCAGGGACCCUCUGCUACCUCUUCUUAGAGGGACGGAGGGGACAGGAGGCUGUUUCCCACUGCCUGCUGCUUUCCCCUGACACAACCAGUGCACAGAGAUAGGAGAUGGACAAGGGGAGCCCUUACAGCACUGCAAGCUGUUCUCAGCAGUUGCAGUUGCCUUUAUUUCUAGAAGCGCCUCAGUGACCAAGGAACACCCUUGUGUAAAACAGAGCUCUGCAUUUAUCUGUCAGUUGUUUGGGUUUUAUUAUUAUUGUUGUAGUUCAGGACAAAAGGUGGAAAAGGGACCACAUAACAGAUGGUUGAGGUGAUGUCUGACGUUUGGAACAGCAGAGAAUUACAUGGAAAUGCCAUUGCAGGGAAUUAGGAUUGAUGCACAGGGUCUGCCUUGGGGAGUGGACCAAGGGAGCUCUUUGGCACUAUAUCCACUUCUGCUUCUCCAUCAAGUCUGAUAUGUGAGAUGGGUGUGUUCCAUGUGGCUCUGAAACUCCUCUAAUAAAGAACGAUGUUUCCUCCCCAAUCUUCAAGCUGUUGGGUGUUCCUUGCUUUUGGGAGGUGCUUUAAAUCUGACUGCCAGAGCUGUGGGCUGCUAAGAGCAGAAGCUGUCUGCACGAUGCUGAGCUCAGGUCUUUCUCCUCUUUUCCUGUUGCUCACAGCACUGGAGCUGAGCUGGUCCCUGACUGAUGAAGAAAAGAGGAUCAUCUUGGAUGAGCACAAUAAAUAUCGCUCGCAGGUCUCUCCUCCUGCUGUGGAUAUGCUGAAGAUGAGCUGGGACACGGAGCUGGAGGCCUUUGCCCAGGCCUAUGCAGAGAAGUGCAUCUGGGACCACAACAAGGAGAGGGGCCGACGGGGGGAAAACCUCUUUGCUAUGGCCCCAAUGCUGGAUCUGGAAUUUGCUGUGGAGGACUGGAAUGCGGAGGAGAAAUUCUACAACCUGACGACUUCCACGUGUGUCUCCGGGCAGAUGUGUGGCCACUACACCCAGGUGGUCUGGGCAAGCACGCACCGCAUUGGCUGUGGGUCCAAGUUUUGUGAGAAGAUUGAAGGAAUUGAAACAGAGGACAUGUACCUGCUUGUCUGCAACUAUUAUCCCCCGGGUAACAUGAAAGGCCGAAAGCCAUACAGGGAAGGACCCUCUUGUUCACAGUGUCCCGAGGACAGAGUUUGUGUCAACUCCUUGUGUGCAGAUGCCCUGAGUGCUGAAGAGCUGGAGACAAACUCAGACCAUGAAGGCAAGCAGCAGCCUACAGCUGGAGCUCCCAGUACCCGCAGGGGCCUUUUGCUCUUUCUCCUGCCCAGUGUCAUCCUGGUGGGCCUUCUGCUUUGAACAGUCUUUCUCAGCUGUCCCUGCACCGGUCGCCAAGGCUUUCUUCAGCAUUGGCUGUCCCACCACCCUGGUAGGCUUGGGAGACACCACGGACAGUUCAGGUUGACACGAUCUCCUCUUCCUCUGGCUCACCCGCUCCAGCCCUGCUGUGCCAAGGGCUACUGGCCAUCACAUGGGCACUCAGUGCCCUUCCUAAGACAGCCCAGGGGCAGGAGGGUGUCUGCCAUCAUGCUAGUGAACUUGGGCACCAAUACUUCUCCCUUCUUCCCAGCCAGCCUGGGCUUCUACUCUGUUUCCAAUAGGAGACGAUAAGCUCUCAUUGCCCUGUGUGGCCGGCAGGUCCUGCUGCACCACGUCCCAGGGAAAGCAGAAUGCCCUGGAAACCCAAAUGGCAAUGGGACACGGUGGUUGGUUUUGGUAUUUGUUUGGAGGCAAGACACGAUUGUUGAGUCUGAUGUCUGUGUAUCAGGAUGGAUUUCUAACAGAAAUGCUUUCUUUCUCUCCUCGUGUGUCUGUUUGUCUCAGUUUUGGAGAAGUGUCACCUCUUCCUUCCCUGUCCAAAAACGGCAUUUUUGUCCACAGAAGAGGUUUGUGUUUCCUUCUUGCUAUGGCCAGUGUCUAGACGUACUCCUUCUCCUGCCAUCCCUCUGCAGUCUUUACCUCCUUCCUCACUUCUGCUCCAACAGUUACUCCGUUGUCAUGCCUUUAUUUACGCGUGUGCCUGCACGUGUGUGCCUGCACAGAAGAAAAUCCUCCAGCACUGGAGAGGAGUUACUGCUCCUUUCUUCUGCACGCCUUCCCUCUUUGCAGAACUUAAGUGUACGACGUAUUUGCAGUUAGAUACAGAUCCUGGUUGAUGUAUAUAUGUGGAUCCAGGAGGAAAAAUAAUCAGGUCUGCUGGUGCAAUUUCAGCUUGAGAGAGCCAAGUGAAUGACGUUAGAGGGUACCGGUGGUUCCAGGACUCGUUGCAGGAUGGCUUUCAUUCUCUGGAGCACUGUGUGUUGUAUUCCUCCAUGUUUCUGCUCUGUUCACCUGAAGAUUCCCAGCAGGGGGUGUUAAAUAUGGGACAAGUUUUGCAGACCAGCAGAAGGGAUGAGAAAAUCCAGUCCUUCUCUGGUUGCUGCAUUCUUUGGUUUAUUAAAUAGAUGAGGUGGAGAUAAGUCCGAGUCCUCCCCCUGAUGCUGUGUGCUGUGCAUCUCCAGAGCAUGCACUGAAUAAAUCCUGUUCUGAAA